GCGGUGGGCGUGGUUAUGACGCCGCUUCAGCAAAACAAGUUGGACUUUUACAGAAGCGAGAAAAGGGCAGAGAGACACAGACAUACAUACAGAGAAAGAAAUAGAGAGAGUUAAAGGGAGAGUACGAGAGAGAGAGAGGGCGAAGGGAGGCCGAGGAAAAGUUAGAGAGCUCUGACCGAGACCGGACCGAAUGGACCCAGAAACCCGGCUCUGAUCUAAGGGGACCAAACACAGGUCUAUGCUGUUCCUGGUGGUUAACAAUGGAUCCCAACAGUGAGACCAGGAUCAUGAUGGCUUCUCACCUCAAUGGCAACCCGUCCUGCGAGAACCAGAAGACGGACCCUCGCAAGAGUCCGGGUUGCAGCUGGUUGGUGGUGGUAGCAGCUGUUGCAGCCUCCCUGAGUGGCCUGAUGCUGGGCUAUGAGAUGGGUCUGACCUCUGGGGUGUUGUUACAGCUGCGUGGACUCCUCGCCCUCUCCUGUCGAGAACAGGAACUGCUGGUCAGUUCCCACCUGUUCGGCGCUCUCCUCAUCUGCCUGGCUGGGGGUCCAAUACUUGACCGUUACGGACGCCGCUGUUCUUUGCUCCUCAGUGGUGCCCUGGUGGUGGCAGGGACAGUUUUACUCAUAGCCGUGACCUCUUUUAUCGCGGUCACGCUGGGCCGAGUGAUAAUCGGCAUGGGAACAGCACUGUCAGGCACAGCAGCGUGUCUCUACAUUGCAGAAAUCUCUCCAAGGGAGAGGAGGGGUCUCCUGGUGACUCUGUAUGAACUGAUGCUGGUUAUAGGAGUUAUGCUGGGAUUCAGUUGUAGUUACGCCUUCGCCACUUUACCCCAUGGAUGGGUAUACACCUUUGGACUGGUGAUCCCCCCAGCGCUGUUGCAAAUAGGGGCGCUCCUAUUCCUACCAUGUAGCCCACGGUUCCUGGUUGCUCAGGGCAAACUGGAGCAAGCAAAGUUGGUUCUGGGUAAAAUGAGGGGAGGGGUCACAGAACUUGUGGAGGCAGAGCUUACAAACAUCCAGGCUGGACUCAAAGAGGAAUCAGAGCACAGUUUCUUGGAGUUGUUCAGUGCCAAGGCCAACCUGCGUUCACGGCUGCUAACAGGCAUAGCUUUGGUUUUCCUCCAGCAGGCCACCGGUCAGCCUAACAUCCUCUCUUAUGCUUCGCCGCUUCUCCGAAGCGUUGGCUUCAACAGUGACGCUGCAGCCACCCUGGCCUCCACCGGAUUUGGAGUGGUCAAAGUCGUGGGCACCAUCCCUGCGGUGUUGCUGGUCGAUCGCGUGGGACCCAAAAGCUUUUUGUGUGUGGGUGCCGUGGCGAUGGGAUUGUCAUUAGCUGUACUGGGUACAGUGACGGUGCAGAGUCACACGCAGCUCAGCAGUCUGUGUAAAAGUCAAACAACGCCAAACCUCACUCACACAUCACUGGAAUUUAACAGGAACUUCACAGCGCCAGACAACACUGAUCUUUAUUCUUCACAUUUCUCCAACAAGUGGAGUAGUGAGGAGAAACUAAGGACCGACACAGAGGAUGAUGAGAUUUGGGAGUCAGGAGGAGGAACAACUGGAGUAGAAGUGUCUUCUUCCCUCAAAUGGGCCUCAUUGAUCAGUCUGCUGGUGUAUGUGGCAGCGUUCUCCAUUAGCCUCGGGCCAAUGGUCUACGUGGUCAUCAGUGAGAUCUUUCCAAUGGGAGUCAGGGGCAGAGCUGUGUCCGUGGUGUCAGCUGUAAACUGGGCCACAAACCUGCUCAUCUCCAUGACCUUCCUCACAAUUACUGAAAAAUUUGGUCUCCCCAACGUCAUGUUCCUUUACGCUGCUAUGAGCUUUGUUCUCCUGGUGUUCGUCAUUCUCUGUAUCCCAGAAACCAAAGGUCGCACACUGGAGGAGAUAUCGAAGGAACUUGCUAAGAAAAAACAUUUCCACAUGAGUCUCUGUAAGCGGCCGCAGCUUCGGGACAGCCUGAUUCGCAGCAGCGCGGCCACAGAGACGCCAACGAACAUCUGAGACCCUCACCACCACCACCUCACUUCACAGCUUCACACUUUAAGAGAACAAGAACAAGCAACUGGACAGACAUGACAGCAGUUUCCUGUAGAAAUGUGAUCAAAAACAAAAAAGAGUUAAGUAACUUUGCAGUUUUAUCUACUACCAACUUGAAGAAAAUAUUCUUAGUUGUCGCCUAGCAAACCACACAGACCAAAAAAAAAAGUAUAACUUAAUUACAGGUAGCCUGUCAAGACACGUCUGUUGAUUGUUUCAGAACCCAACAUUACAAAGAAUUCAAGCAUGUCACCAUUUACGGUUUGUAACGUUGUCAGAAACAUUCAGCUCAGACACUUCAACGAGUUGGUUCCAUUGAUUCCAAUGAUUUUCAAUGGGAACUAACUACAAAUAGUGCCAUGUCAUUUUGAAGAAAUUAUCAAAGUGUGUAAAUGUAGACAUGGAAGGUCUAGAUCUGUUUUCCAGUCUGUAACUGAGGACUUUCAAGCACCAAGAGCGGGCAAAAUGCAAUCUGUCCUGGAGUGUGCAGCAGGUUCACAUUGAGUUACAGCCACACUAAACAUUAGCCUUCCACUGCUGCUGUGAAAAGACAGAGCUGCACUGAUGACUAAUGCACAUGUAUUACUACAAAUACUAGAGCUCAGGGCUUUCACUGUUGUUUGUCAACUAACAGAUCACUCACUGCUUUUCCACGUAAGGUAAAAAGAUGUUUCUAAAGUACUCAGAAUGUUGUCAAACCACAGUUGGAAUUGGAAUCGUAGCACAACCACUGGCAUGACAUCUAACAUUUGGACUUGACACAGGAAACCAAACUCAUGUUCUACUAGUCAUUCACACAUACGGCCAUUUGUACAGAUUCUUAAAGCGAGACCUGAUCCACACUUCUCAUUAGGUUCCAUGUGAAGUAAUAAAAUAAUGCAGCUGAACCAGUCACACCUGUUAUAACAUGGGUUGUAGACAACAGCAGGAAGCAGAAGCUCACACAACAACUCAGGAUAUGACGAGUCUCAUUUUUUACGGGAGCAAAACAAAAGAUGCUCUGUUCAUGCUGUUUAAAAAAAAAACUGUGUUAAUUGAUGCCAAACUUCAGUUAGCCGAUUAACACGCUGAAUGUUUUACCGCAAGGAAUGAUGUGUGAAACUUUUUAUGAGGAAAUUUGCACAUUUUUUUAAAAUCGUGACUAUGAUUGUAAAUAUUAUGUAUGGCAAAUUGACAUUUCUUUGGUUUUCUGUAUAAAUGACAUCAGUGGUCUCCAGCCAACACUACCUGGGUGCAGAUGAGCGUCCAGCCAGGAAAGAGGAAUGGCUGUUCACUAGCAGCGUGUCAGAAAGUUUAUUUUCACUGUGAUGUGGCGUUGUUUUGUCCAAUAGAGCUGCACUACAUUUACUGUACUGUAGUCAUGUAAAUGUACGUCAUUGUAAAGAGCUUUUCUUUUCUCUUUCGCCACCUGAGAGUUGCAGCCAAAAGUGACACUAAAGCCAUCAGCUGGCACCACCUGUGGGCUGUACAAAGCAGAUUUUAUUGUAACAUAAUUUUAAUUAAAGGGGUUUGAUGAAAAAUAAUGCAAAUUAUAUAUUAAUAAUCUCACAGGCCAUGAGUUUGGGACCUCUGUUAAUCAGUACUUGUGAAAACAAAAAUACAUUUUAACAAAAAAUGGAUGAAAAGGUUGAAUGGCUGCAUCUGUUUUAUCAUCAACCUUUAUUAUUUGUACAAAAUACAAAAAUGUCACACAUACUGUGUUUACAGUCUAUUUAACUCAAAUACAAAGUUUCCGAUCAGACGCUUUAAUUAUUUACAUAUAUGUUACCUCUAUACAGAUGUCCCAGCCAGCACAAAUGCAGAUACAACUGCAGUUUUCACUGAACACUGUGAAGCCAUCCCAGGUUAAUAUCCACUUACAUACAAUGCUGGGCAGACGCCUAAGCAUUCCACACAUGACAACACCUUGUUGUUUGACGCCUUCACAUAUUUGGAACCUAGAAUGCCUAGUCUCCUGGUUAGUCUCAGUAACCAGAAACUCCCAAAACAACCCAUCACUCACCAAAACAAAGACAAAAAAAAAACAAUUCCAACAAUCUUCAUGUAAGACCCAUUCUGUACAUUUAAAAACAUCAAAAUAAAUAUAGUUCUUGAAAGUUAA